CCAAGAUAAUAAUUGUUGCACACUAUUCACAUUUAGAAAUCGAUUUAUGUUGACUAAAAAUACAAUAUAAUAAUAACUAGGUAUUAAGGUGCACGAGGUAUGUGUCAACUAUAUAUCAGACAUUCUUGUGGUGAUACCGUUAUAUAAUUAACAGGUGUUUUGAUGUUGAAUUUUAAAUUAAGAUUUCAAUCAAUUAAGAAAAUUUUAUGCGAUUAUUUUGGAUGAACUGUUCAGAAACAAACGAUAUCUGUGAGCAGUGCCGUCUGAACAGGAAUUAAUACACAGUAAGAAAGAAAAGGGUGCAAAAAACUAAUGUUUAUCUUCUACCGUCCUAAGAUCAACAUUCAAUUUAUAAGUGGAUUAAAAAAUGAGGUAUAGUCGAUGUGAAACAGUUUAAAUAUCAACACAUAAAAUGUAAGACGAUAAACGGCAUGUAAUGCUAGGCCAAUCAUAAACAAAGUGUUCAAAUGGAGGAAAUCAUUCGAUCAGACAGUCGUAGAAAUCGAGACCUCCUCGAGGUCGUGAUACAAAAGAAUGAAGAGAAAAGUGGAGAUGACAGCCGUAAUCGUCUUCCCGGUCUGUUAUUGACUGCUACGGAUGAAAUGAGUGAACCCCCUAGCUUUGCAUCUAAAAGGAGUGGCGAUAUCUCAAAAGAUCGAUUCAGUAAUAUUGAAGUCGAGGACAUCAAAAAUAAUCAAAGUUUUUCCUAUAUUCAUAAAAUGAUAAACAGUCUUGGAAUUCUCUGCAUUGCCAAUUUGGUGCUGUGCGGUUUAACACUACAGGUUAUACUCAAUAUUACUGAAAAUGAUGUCGGUCAUCCUAAAAACACUUCACUUUUAUCAUCAUCCAAAUCAUAUGCUGAUCUCCUGGAAGUGACGUCAGCUUUUGCGACGUUUGUGUUCGCGCUUGAUAUGUGUUCUAUGAUGAUUUGUUGUAUGCAAUUUUUCUUUGCAUCUAAAAUACUCACUGUCCAAAAUGGGAAGGAAAGGGCAGCUAAAUAUUUAACAGAUUGUUCCAGUAGUCGUUUUGUUGCCAUUUUAGGUUUCUUUAUAUCCGUCCCAGCUUUUCUGAUUACAAUGAUGUGUUAUGUACUUAUGAAAAUGAGAACGACUCCGGCAAUCACAGCUGCCGUUAUUUUAUCUAUUGGAGUAGUGUUGUGUGGACUGAGUAUAUUUCAAAACGUUUACCAUUGGCAGGAUGAAAUAACAAGAGCUAAUGAUGGACUUCCAGUCUAUGAGGAGUCAAAAAUACAUACGAAUAAUCAAAGACCAAAACAUGAAUUGAAUACUUUAGUAUAAUAAAUUUCGAGUUUUACUUUUA